AAAAAAAAAAAAAAAAAGAGGACCAAAAACACAAAGCUACGACCCGCCGGGCGGUCGGAGAACCUUCCUGCUUUAUCUCUCCCUCCAUCCCUGCCGAGUUCCUGGCCCCUCUCUGUCACUCUCCCUGGGAGCGAAUUUCAACGAGCUUCAGCAAGUGUUUCAAUAGCUACGGGCGUACCAUAUUUAUCUUGUCCGAGUAGGAAAGCGAGAGACUUCCGGCGCUUAUUUCGGCUUUUGAAUUGGAUAGAAGAGCUUUCCGGUGUCUUCUGUUUCCUUAUAAUCAUGGAACUGCUCUUGAGAGGAAUGUGAUUCGUGAAUACAACUCCAGCUCCUUAGUAGGAAAGUACGUGUUCCCUGGCAGUUGCGAUGGUCCAGCAAACAAUGGACUCUAAAUCCACCGAGCGUGGGCAUGGAAAUAUGGAAUCUGACUUGGCUUCUGGUGAUAAGCAGCUGCCAAUUGCUGCAAAGAAGACGGCAUUGAGAGAGUUGCGGAAUGAGAAUAGAAUCAUAGUUCCAAGCACGACCAAAAGUCUAUCUUCUUUUAAAGACAAGGAUCCGACCGGUGAUCCCAAUAAGGUUGCUGGAACAAAAAGACCCCCUCCCCAAACCUGCUCAGAAUUUUCAGUCAGUCCGCCCCGAAGCGUCUCCCCCGGUGGUAAUGCUGCUAAUGGUCUUGUGUAUGUCCGUAGAAAGUCUGAAGCAGAAACAGCUAAGAGCGGAAUAGGUGACCGGACCAAUACCACUCCCAAUAAUCUUCAGCCUGGCCCUCUGAGUACUCAAGAGGAAUCAUUGAAACAGCAAUCCCAGAUAAAGGAGCCAAAAAUAGUCUCAUAUCCUGCAUUUGCUUCUAUUCCCUUUACUUCUCCGACCGGCUCAUCUGCAAAAGCUUCGGUUCCUUUGCCUCUUGGAAUGGCCGGCAUGAAGAUGGGAUCAUCAGUAGAGCCCAAGUAUGGUUCAACUGCUCCUGCAAGUUCACCGACAGAAAAUUCAAAGAUGGUGAAGAAUUGGGAUUGGGAAGAGCGGUAUAAACAGUUGCAGAAGUUAUUAAGUGACUUGGAACAAGCAGAUCAUAAAGAUUAUCUCCAGAUGCUUCGUUCACUCUCUUCGGUGGAUCUUAGCUGGCACGCUGUUGAGUUGGAAAAGAGAUCAAUCCAGUUAUCCCUGGAAGAAGCAAAAGAGAUGCAGAGAGUCGCACUCCUGAAUGUGCUGGGAAAAUCCGUGAAGAAUUGAAGGCAUCCUGCUGCAGACUGCAACUAGUGUUGAACCAAGAGUUCACUUCCUCGGGUCUAAAGCGCAUGGUUCAUGGAGAAGAUUUUGAACCAAAAUACCACUGUAAUAUGAAGAUGUAGACCAGAAAAUCAACUCUCGAGUGCUGUCCGAGAUACUUCUUAGGCUGUUAGAGCCGCUAGGUCAUCCCGUCCUUUCUCUGUACAUAUAAAUCUCAUAUGCUGCUUCUAAGCUCAGGUUUCCACUUUCCAGAAGCUACAUUUUUACGAGCAGAAACCCUCCAGUCUUCUCUCGUUUUUUUA